UCUGUGAGACUCAGACCCGAGGGCCCAGCGGACAGCAGCAUUGGGGCUGCAGGACACCUCACCUCGCCUACCUUGUGGGUCCUAGAGACACGCUACGGAGAUGUCCUGGAGAUGGGUCUUCAUGCUCUCUUCUCUCUCUGCCUUGGUGCUCCUGUGUAUGCUGCAGGAGGGGACCAGUGCAUCUGUGAGCAGCAGACAGACCGCGGGAGAAGAGCCUCAGGAAGGUGUGAGACAGAAGAUUUUCAUGGAAGAAUCAGAUGCCUCAAAUUUCCUCAAGAGACGUGGCAAGCGGUCCCCCAAAUCCCGAGAUGAGGUGAACGCGGAAAAUAGGCAGAAGCUGCGGGCUGAUGAGCUGCGGAGAGAAUACUAUGAGGAGCAAAGAAACGAAUUUGAGAACUUUGUGGAGGAACAAAAAGAUGAGCAGGAAGAGAGGAGCCGUGAGGCGGUGGAGCAGUGGCGACAGUGGCACCAUGACGGGCUGUACCCUUCCUAUGUCUACAACCGCCACCACAUCUGACCUCACCCCGGAGCAAGCGGGAGGACGGAGCCCGCAGCUCCUGCCUACCUGUGCGCCAGCACAUCCCUCCCGCUGGGUCAGGCCCUUGAGGGUCUCAGCUCAGGGUCUGCUGUGGCAAACACCCCUUAGCUCUGAUGUGUUACAAUGCCUGGCUAGUUUUGAGGUUAGGGUCUAUGUCUCCUCCUGGCAGCAAACCUAUAAUGCUGUCCCCUUGCUUAGUUGUUACACCCGAAGCAGACCCCCUUCCCGGCUAAUAGGACAAAUCAGAGAAUCACAGUAACUGGGAAUCUUAUGUUUGCUCAGUUUAUAAAUAAAAAACGCUGGAUUGACCCUUGAGUGUUAUUUCAGACUUGUCCAACUCUC